UUCCGGUAUUCAAGUAGCCACAUGGCAAAGUAAAACUAUAAUUGACUUCCUAUAUACUGAGCCUAUAUGUUAAUAGAAGACACAUGGACUGUUUUAGUUUUAAAAAAAAUGGAGGGGGUUCACAACAUUAUCCCAUGUCUCUUUAAAAAAAUUCAGUUUCUUAUAUUCUGGAAUGAGGUCAGACACGAGGCUCCUCAUUGCACACGCUGAUUAUUAUUGCGUUUCAUUUUCCACCAAUGAAUGACGGGGAGGGGCGUGGUUUGGCUCAAAGGCAGGGUAGCGACAGCGUUUGAUUGGUGGAUUUUUAUCGCUGUUGUAUGAGGAGGAGAUAAAGGCGAGAGGAGGAGGGCCGCUGCUGAAAGGCUGCUUGAAACGCGAAAAGUCGGCUUUGCAGAAGGGAGGCGGGUAGUAAGAAGUGGCUUUUUGCUUCUUUUUUUUGUGGCCCCCCAUUCUGAGCAGAUGCUGAGAAAAACAUAGUCUUGUGCAUGAAACCGGCACCCUUCACUGCUCUACAUCCGUGUAGAGUCCGCUCACGAUCUGAAAUGAGCUUUUAAAACUCAACAACUUGGAAGUUAAACUUUUUUUAAUGCCUGCUGCCUUUUCAGGCAACUUUGGACCUAAGUGCUGCCAAGUUUCUUGUGCAUCUCAGGAGUAAGUUACUGUUUACACUCAGCUCAGACUGAGACGCCAGCUCCCCCUCGGUGUGCACUGCCGGGCAGCAUGGUGCAGAAAAUGAGCCACACGGAGAGCACCGCCGAGGCGCUGUCUUUCUUCACCAGCGACUCGGGCUCCGACUCCGGGGCGUGCAUGGACCUGGACCCGGCCGCCUCGCCGCUCUCGCCGGGCUCCUCCACCGCCGGCGACAAGCUGGGAGACAACCCGGCGUGGUGCAAAACCCCCAGCGGCCACAUCAAGAGACCCAUGAACGCCUUCAUGGUGUGGUCGCAGAUCGAGAGGAGAAAAAUCAUGGAGCAGUCCCCGGAUAUGCACAACGCCGAGAUCUCCAAGCGGCUGGGGAAGCGGUGGAAGCUGCUGCGAGACAGCGACAAGAUCCCGUUCAUCAGAGAGGCGGAGCGGCUCCGGCUCAAGCACAUGGCGGACUAUCCCGACUACAAGUACCGGCCGAGGAAGAAAGUCAAAUCCGGCGCCUCCAAGCCCGGCAGCAGCAGCGGCGACAGGGGGGACAAAGUUACCAGUAGCAACACCAGCACUAAAACCUCCUCAUCCUCGAGGAAGAGCGGUUCCAAAUCACCCAGCAGCAGCAGCAAACCCCACAAAUCACUUUUCGGGAGUAGCACCAAAGCAUCCCUGUUCUCCUCGGAGCAGCCGCCGGAGCACAACCCCUUCAAGUCCAAGUCCUCCGCGGCCAAGCAGAUCCCGGACGGGAAGAAGAAGCGGGUCUAUGUGUUCGGCAGCGGCGCGGCCAGCCUGAGCAUCAGCCCGGGCUCGUCCGUCACCGUCCCGGCCAGCCCGACGCUCAGCACCUCCGCCGACUCCAGCGACUCCACCAGCCUGUACGACGACGCGGCUAGCCGGGAGGAGGGCGCCGCCUCCCCGGGCAGCACUAGCAGCAACAGCGGCGGCAGCGGCGGGCACACAUACACAAACCGGCGGGCCUCCUCACCCACCCCCUCCGGCUCGCACUCCUCCGUUUCCUCGCACUCCUCCUCCUCCUCGUCGUCUGAGGACGAGGAGUUUGAAGACGACCUACAAGACGUCAACCCGAGCCCGAGUUACGACAGCAUGUCGCUGGGGAGCUUCGGCUCCUCCGUGCUGGACAGAGACUGGGAUUUGAACUGCGAGUCCAUCUCCGGGGGGUCCCACUUCGAGUUCCCCGACUACUGCACGCCUGAAGUCAGCGAGAUGAUCUCCGGGGAUUGGCUGGAGUCCACCAUCUCCAACCUGGUCUUCACGUACUGACUGAGCGCACGCGGGCAGCUUCACUGCCGUAAACCGUCACGAAAGUCCGCGCGCCUCUUUGCAGCAAGAGCUGCAAAAUCCCUGGAAAGCGACUACUUGCUUUGAUUUUUUUUUAUUUUUCCCCCUCCUGCGUGGACUUUUCUUGGGAUGCGUGGACUGAGUCAAAAUCACGAUGCGUGGAGAGGAAGAUACUGAGCUUCCUGCGUUCAGUCCUGGACUGUUUUGAACUUAAACUGUGAUUGAUUUGCACGCUGCGGUCCGCCGUUCACUUAAUCAAUAUUGUUGAUCGAAAAAGGGACAUUUCACAACUUUUUUUCCACCAACCGCCAAGUGAAUUUCCCACUUAAAGGUACAGAAUAGGACUGCCGUGCGACAUUUUUUAUCAUUGUGUCAAAGAGAGGCAUUAAAAAAUAAAACUGAGGUGGGUUUUCUUUUUUGUUUUCUUUUACUAUUUUAUUGAAGAGAAAAAGAAAAAAAUAAGCAUGAUAGCCUACUAUGUUCCUAUCUUGUGCUGAGAUUUUCUGUGAGACUGUUGGAACAGUUUGGAAAACUAGUAUUAGGAUUAUUUAAAUGGAUAGGUGGCGCUCGCUUUUUUUAGUUCUUUUAUUUUGAAAAAAAAGCACGUUGAAAUGAUCACCAGCUGUCGUAAAAAUUUUCAGGAUUCAACUUCGACUCUGUGCUGAACUUUAUACACGUUUUCUCUACGAUUCAGGACCAAAACAUUGUUUUUUUUUAUUUCAGAUACUAGUUCUAGAGAAACACCGACUUCUUUUACACCUUUGUUUUGUACAUUUAUCAAGAUGCCAUUUUAUACCGGAUGUUGUAUUUAUAUACUGUUGGAAACAUCUUUUUAACUUCAUGUUGGCCUGCACAUGAUUCGAGUCCUGUGUUGUCUUUUUCUUACACGGUUGUUUGUCACUUUUUUUUCUCUCAGGCGAAGGGCUAGAGUUUAAAAAAACAAAAAACACACGACUUUUUAUUUCCCUUUUUAUAUUUAAAUGUACACACUUUUUGGACGCUUCAAAGAGAGGAAACAUUUUGAUUAUUUUCUCAGUGUAUUUUUGUACAAAUAUAUAUGGAAAAAAAAAAGAGGAAGUCAACAAUCGGUGUGUGUAGCCUACAAAUACAGCUGUAUUGGAUUUCCUAGUUUUUAAUACCCUGGCGGGCUGGUUUUCAUGCUGCCUUCAAGUGCUCGUAGUAAGUUUGUUUAGAUGCUAUUUUGGCGGGACAGACAUUGUGCCUACUCUUUCGGAUAAAAUGUUUUGACUGAAUGGAGGAGCUAGUAAAAUACUCUAAAUUUCCCGAAAACCUAACAAACUUGCUGCACCUCAUGAGAAUCUCUCCCCACUAUAGCGUUUUUUUUUCCCGACAGCACUUGAAAGCAGCACCAGUCCUUGGACCAGCCUCCUUUUUAAGCCCCUUCGGCGUUUACAGUGCCAGACUGCAGGUUGCUUAAAGACACAGGAACACGUUUUUUUUUCUUUUUUUCGCCACAAGCUGUUCUUGUGACCCCAUGUGGGGUUAACAGCGUCACUAUCUCAACCAGCAGCGACUUACGUUUGCAUUUCACGUCAGAUUUUUUGCCUGUGACAAAAAAUGAGGAGAUUGUAGCUUUAAAUUUGACUUGGAUGUUUUCACCGAGUGAUGUCACAUUUGCCAGUCAACCACUGGAUUGAAGAGACUGUCAAUAUUUUCAAACAAACAAGAGCGACAACAUCAAGCAUAUUCAAAUUUCCGACUUGAGUUCCGCAACAUCUACUUGUACUGCGUUUCUCAUUGUAUUUGAAUAUAUAAUCUUUUUUACUUGUCAGCUAACUAUUAGCUAAUAAAUGUUUUAGUAUCUUUAUGGCAUGGUGACUAGCAUUUGUAUUUCAGAUUGAGGUUAUUAGCUGUUGUGUUUUUUCAGAUAAAAAAAAAAUGGGGGGAAAAAAAUGAGGAAAAACGAUUAAACGUGAACUUGAUCUUUGUAUAUUUGACUGUACCAUAAAGCAAAAAGAUUGUGUGUUUAUGUAUGUCGUUGCUAUCAAAGACAGGCACUGUCUAGAACUGCUAUCUUUUCCACAUCCUUAUUUACAUUGAAGGUGGUCAGUUCAGACUGUUUUUUUAUAUAAAUAUAUAUAUAAAAGCAUUUUUAAAUAUAUUAACUUUAUUUUUCAUCCAUCUUGUGCAAUAUGCUGUGUAGAAUUAUCAUUUAUUGUCUCUAAAUCAUGCCAUAAACAAAGGAACCACCCUUUUUUUCUCCUUUUUUUUGACAUACAGAGAAAUGAGGAGGUUUUGUCUCAUGCCAGCUAAGUUGUGUCCAUUCACUGCCUGUCAGAUUGUUGAUAGCAAACUUGUGUACAGAACUUUUUUCAAAGAAGGAAAUAAAUAUCAGCUGGAACUGAAA